ACACACACAACACAACACACAAACACUUGAAACCACUGUGCAUACAGCUGCACACACACCUCACACGUCUGCGCACACUUCAGACAGAACGGACACACACUCCUCCUGUCCUGCUGUGGAGGUCGGCUCCAGGUUUUGCUCCAGGCUCAUGGAGGAGCACCAGGACUCCUGCGGACCCGUUAUUCUGACCCAGACCUCCUGCACCUCCUCCUCUGCUCCUCCUGACACAGAUGGAACCUACAGCGGGACGUCACAGGAGCAAACAGGAGGUGAUUCAGAGAGGAGGCUCAACACUGAGACUAGAAGCUGCUCAGAACAGAGAGAAGAGGAGGAGGAGGAGCGAGGGAGAGAGGAGGAGAGAGAGGUGGAGAGGGAGGAGGCAGUGGUGUCAGAUAAUGAAGGUGAGGAGCAGGAGGAGGACCAGCAGGAGGAUGCAGAAUGUACGGAGGACCAGGAGUUACUGAGUGAAAGUGAAGAGGAAGAGGAAGAGGAGGAAGAAGACGAUGAGUUAGAGGAGGUGGAGCUAGAGGAGGAGGUGCAGGUUAUAGUUGUGCAGCAGAGUCAAGAAAGAAGGGAAGAGGAGCAAGUGAUAAAAGAAAAAGAAAGAGGAGGAGAAGACGAGGAGGAUGAGGAGGAGAAAGGAGAUGAACAAACCCACAUCAACAUGGAAGCUGAAUCGGGGUCCAACACACACCCUUAUUCUGAAAAUACACAACAAGCACACUCUGAGGACUCUUAUUCUGAAAAUACACAACAAGCACACUCUGAGGACUCUUAUUCUGAAAAUACUACACAACACGCACACUCUGAGGACUCUUAUUCUGAAAAUACUACACAACACACACACAGUGAGGACUCUUAUUCUGAAAAUACUACACAACAUGCACACUCUGAGGACUCUUAUUCUGAAAAUGCACAACACACACUCUGUGAGGACUCUUAUUCUGAAAAUACUACACAACACACACACAGUGAGGACUCUUAUUCUGAAAAUACUACACAACAAGCACACUCUGAGGACUCUUACUCUGAAAAUGCACAACAUGCACUCUGUGAGGACUCUUAUUCUGAAAAUACUACACAACACGCACACACUGAGGACUAUUACUCUGAAAAUACUACACAACACACACACACCGAGGACUCUUAUUCUGAAAAUCCUACCCAACACGCACACUCUGAGGACUGUUAUUCUGAAAAUGCUCAACACGCACACUUUGAGGACUCUUAUUCUGAAAAUACUACACAACACGCACACUCUGAGGACCCUAAUUCUGAAAAUACUACACAACAUGCACACUCUGAGGACUCUUAUUUUGAAAAGAUCACACAUCACACACAUUCUCUGGACUCUUAUUCUGGAAAAAACAGACAGCAAGUACUCCCGGAGAACUUUUAUUCUGACAAGAACACACAUUGUGCACAUUCUGAAGACACUUAUUCUGAAAAGAACAGACAGCAUGAACACUCUGAGGACUUUUAUCCUGAAAGCAGCACAGAACAGACACUUUCUGAGAACUCUUAUUCUGAAAAGAACAGACAACACGCACACUCUAAAGACCCACACCCUGAAAAUAAUACACAACACACAAACCCUGAAGGCUCUUAUUUUGAAAAUAAUAGACAAUGCACAUAUGCUGGGGACUCUUAUUCUGAAAGCAACAAAGAAUGGUUAUACUCGGAGAAGACUUAUUCUGAAAAGGACACACAACAGACACGCUCUGAGGACUCUUAUUCUGAAAAGAACACGCAACAGACACGCUCUGAGGACUCUUAUUCUGAAAAGGACACGCAACAGACACGCUCUGAGGACUGUUAUACUGAAAAGGACAUGCGGCAUGUGCACUCUGAAGGCUCUUAUUCUGAAAAGAACACACAUCAGACACCUUCUGAGGACUCUUAUUCUGAAAAGAACACACAUCAGUCACACUCUGAGGACUCUUAUUGUGAAAUCGACACUGUGCAAACAGACACUGAGGAGUCCAGCUCUGCUGCCAUCAAAGAGGAGAUACGAGAAGAGAAGGAGGAGGAGGCGUACAGCUGUGAGGAGGUUGGUGGAGGAGGAACUGCAGAUCUUCAGACUGAAG